UUUCGUUCGCCAAUAGGAGAGCGGGCCGGGGGUGGGGUUUGUAGACUGGCUGCCCCUCAUUGGCUGGUAGGAAGGAAGGCGUGACUUCCACUCGUUCUAUUUAAGAAAAGGACAAAGCCUUUCCAAGACCUUCUCUCUCUCGCCGCCAUUUUGUGUUGACGCAUCGCAAGCCUCGCCAUUUUCUCCUACACGAUGUCCCGUGAUAGAUUCAGGAACCGUGGAGGCGGCGGAGGAGCAGGAAUGAGCAUCUACCGUCGCGGUAGCAAUGGAGGCCGUGGGAUGGGGAUGCAUAAUUUCCGCGGGCACGGAGGAUACAUGGAGCAAAACCGCGGGCCCCCUCCGCAACAAAGGCAACAGCACCAACAACAACAGCAGCAGCAGAAACCUCAGCAGCCGCCGCCACAGAAGGCCCCUCCUCAGCAGCAAGCCCCGGCCCCGGACACCCCGAAGCCGACCCAGCAGGCCGCAGCCAAGCCCCAGACUCCGGCACCGACCCCUGCCGCCUCCCCGCAGGCAAAACCGGCACCGUCUCCGCAACAGAAGCCAGCGAGCACCCCUCAGCAGCCACCGGCCAACAGCAAGCCUCCCACCCCCGCCGCACAGCAGCAGCAGAAACCCGCCGCACAACAGCCACCACCACAACAGAAACCCCCCGGACAGCAACAACCACCACCACAACAGAAACCCGCCGGCCAACCGCCGCAGCAAAAACCGGCCCAGCAGCAGCCCCCGCCGGCCGCUCAGCAACAGAAACCGCCCCAGCAACAGCCUAAAGUGACCUCCCCGCCCGGCAAACCGCUACAGAGCCAACCGCCACCACAGCAACAACAACAGCAGCGGCAGAGGUCGGGGCCCAACCAGGCCGGUCAGAAGAGGCCGUAUUCCGGCCAGUCACGGUUCUCCCAGGAGCCCCCGGUACAACACGAGGAGCCCAUAAAGACCGAGACCACCGAGGAGGUAAGUGACCGGUAACUGGAGGUAAAACCCCCAAACCCAGCCGCCCGCACCGUGCCUGACGGUGAGACAUCGUUAGUUCAUGUUAGUAACCCCGGGCCGGGCACUGGCUUCAACAUCCCGCGCAAUACAGUGAGACCGUGCGUCUACCGGAAGUGCCUAAAAUGGCUGCCGGGGCUGUGGCUGUCUUUGUCUAGACUCCAUUUUGGGACUGUAUCCACUUCCCCCUCCCCCUCCAUGCGCCUAACAUGGACGUCUCGGUCGUAUAUUUGUAUUGGCCUAGCUUGCAAGGUGUAACCUCGAUCAAUGAAUACUUUAGUAUAUCGAUCACAUAUUUGGCAGCUGUUAGGUUGCCCCUCUUCAGUUAUGUUAUUUAAUCUGUUAUUGGUAGAAAACAGAACACUUUCGAGGGUGUGGAUUUAUGUAACAUUUGAAAAAUUUGUUAUUCUGGCAUGGUAAAACUGCACACCGUGUCCCCCUUGGUACUUUAAAUUCCAAUUUGACUUAAAUCAGUUUGUAUUGGUCAGACUGUCUCACUGUAUACUGUAAGACCAAUUGUAAUGAUGUACAUUAUUUAUGAACGUGCUAUUUUUCUUGCACAGAGCAUUCGGGCAUCCCUGUCUCUCCUAAGGAGACCUGGAGAGAAGACUUACACCCAGCGCUGCCGACUGUUUGUUGGUAACCUACCUGCUGACAUUACGGAGGAAGAAUUCAAGAAUUUGUUUGCCAAAUAUGGGGAACCAGGAGAAGUGUUUAUUAACAAAAGCAAAGGUUUUGGAUUUAUCAAACUGGUGAGUCUUCUGACUUUGCUCUGGCAACAUUCUACUUUUUAUUUGAUUUGGUUUCAUUUAAAUUUCUGCAUGUGCAUCUGGCUCUUGCAUGCAUUUAUCGUCAGUAAUGUGUCAUUGUAACUUUGAAUGGGUUUAUGGGGUGCUCCAGGGUAAAUAUAAAUAUGCAAAAGCAAACUAAAGUCUCCUAUAUAGCUCUGCAGCAUAUCCCCAAUUCUGUGUCUCCCAUCAUUUCUCUUGGAAAGUAAAAUGCUUGCAGAAACGUGCCUCUCAUACUGCAGAUUCUUAAUGGUUCUUGCUGUCUCUCAUUGUCAAAGCAUUAUUGAACCUACAGCACAUGCUGGACGCAUACUACUUUCAGCCAGACAAUCUUUUUCUAAUCGUAAUGCAUUAGUUUUAAACCUCUAUCAGAAGCAUUGAGCCCUACAUGCACUUAGUGUGCAAAAAUUUCAGAUUAGGAUGGAGAAUUGCUAUCCUCCUCUCCAGACUAUGUAAAUAAAAAUGUACUUGGUUAAAUAUUUUGAAUAUGUGACAUUGAAGCAUUUGGUUUAUUUAAAACUGGUGGCUGUAUAUGUAAUGUGAGCGAACAUGCUAAUCUCUUGAAAUCUGUGUAAAACUGUAUUUAUUUCCCCUACAGGAAUCAAGAGCACUUUCCGAAAUUGCAAAAGCAGAACUUGAUGAUUAUCCCAUGAGGGGCAGGCAGUUACGUGUCAGAUUUGCAACACACUCUGCUGCUCUCUCUGUACGCAACUUAUCACAAUUUGUGUCAAAUGAACUCUUAGAAGAAGCCUUUAGUCAAUUUGGUCCAGUUGAAAGGGCUAUUGUUAUUGUGGAUGACCGAGGAAGAUCAACAGGCAAAGGAAUAGUUGAAUUUGCUGCAAAGCCAGCUGCCAGAAAAGCAUUUGAAAGAUGUAAUGAAGGUGUCUUCCUUCUGACAACGUAAGUUAAUGUUCUCAUUAUUAUACAAGUGGAAUGCAAGUUGUGGUGUUCAGAAUGAAGUCUGUAAAUUGGACUGUGAUAACUAACACUCUAUAAAUCAAUACUUCAUUUAAAAAACAUAAUAAGCGAAUCUCUACACUUUAUAGAACUCCAAUGCCGGUUAUUGUAGAACCUCUUGAACAGUUUGAUGCUGAAGAUGGGCUUUCAGAGAAGCUUGCUCAAAAGAAUCACAUGUAUCAAAAGUAAGUUGCUGAACAUAGUUGCUAUUCUGCAAUACAUUGUACCAUAGAUAUUAUUUCAGCCUCUUAUUUUACAUGGUCUUGUGUUUUGCUCCAGAGAGAGGGAGAUCCCACCUAGAUUUGCUCAGCAUGGCACCUUUGAGUUUGAAUAUUCAAAGCGUUGGAAGUCACUUGAUGAGAUGGAGAAGCAGCAAAGGCAACAAGUAGAGAAAAACAUGAAAGAAGCAAGAGAGAAACUUGAAAGUGAGAUGGAAGAUGCUUACCAUGAGCACCAAGCAAACUUGCUACGUCAAGGUUAGUUUUGAGAUUCUUCAGGGUUUUUUUUUUUUUUUUAACAUGAUCUGCUAUUGUAAUGUAAUGUUUCCUUCCUCAGAUCUUUCAGCUUUUUCAGUUAUGGUUCCGUUUUUUUGGUAAAUGUUUUGUUUCUCAUUUUUCUGACCUUUCAAUUAAUCUUUGGGCACUUGUCAAAAGAAUAUCCUUAGUACUUCACUUAGUUUGAUUAGAUUAUGUUAAAAUGGGUCAUGAUCUUCAUAUGACUUCUUGAUCUGCCAAGAGGUUACUAUGGAGCAGCUAGUGCCAGAAUGGAGAGAAUUGGGCAAGGUUAUAGGAAAUUCUGCUAAAGUUGACCAAUUUGGACAAGAAAGAAAAUGGUGGUAAAAUUCAUAGGAAGACUGCCUGUUAAACUUAUUUAAGAUGGCAAUAACUACAGAUAACUUGAUUGCGAAAGGAUACUAGUCAGCAUCUCCUAUUGGGAUAUGUUUUGGUACUAUUGACAAAUGGGCUGUGCAAAAAUUAUAAAUUUAUGAUCAAAAAUGAAAUCUAGUAGACAUGCUUGUAGUGUGCACAUGAACAAAAAUGUUGCAUUCAAAGAGUAAGAAUACAUUCUAUACCUGAACGUAGUCUGGAUUCUGUACAACACCUAAAAGAAAGGUAGAUUGUUUGCGGGCAUGUAUGUCGAUGGUGGCAUUUAUGUAUAGCUUAUUUACCAAUGUUUCUGUAGAUCUAAUGAGGCGUCAGGAAGAGCUGAGACGUAUGGAAGAGAUUCAUAACCAAGAAAUGCAAAAACGCAAAGAAAUGCAGUUGAGGUACGUGGACUCUUGUAAUUAAAAAAAAAAAAAUCCCCUGUUUAGCAUAAAAUGUGUUGAUUUUUAUUUGUUUUUGGUUUGACCGUGGCUCUUAUAAGGGCAAUGACCUUUUUGUACUUCGUAGAGUUAAUGCAUGUUACUCUGUAAGCAGACAGGACGAGGAACGUCGCAGACGCGAAGAAGAAUUGUUGCUCCGCCAGCGAGACAUGGAAGAACAAAUGAUGCGCCAGAGAGAUGAUAGUUAUCGUAUGAGUUACAUGGACCCCGUAAGAACCCUUUCUUAUACUGUCUUUAAUGCAUUGACCUAGGAAUUCUCUUGUAACCGUGACUGUCUGCUUUUUAGAGGGAACGAGAAAUGCGCAUGGGAGCGAAUGCAAUGUCCAUGGCAGGUAAUGUAAAACUCUCGUUCAUAUAUAUGACUUUUUUUUCACUUUUGAAACUGCUUCUGAUGUUCUAAAACUUUAAUUUUUUUAAAAAUUUUUUUUAGAUCCAUAUAGUUCUUCAAGCCAAAAGUAUCCCCAGUUAGCUGCGGCAAGCAUGGGCUAUGAGGGCAGCCCUGGGGUGGCUCAAGCUGCUAUUGGUGCAUCCAUGAUUGCAUCAGACAUGGUAAUGUAUCCUGCUGUGGCUUGGUAGUCUAAUAAAAUCUAAUUUUAGAGUCUUAAUAUACUCAAGGAAUAUAUUUUUAUGAUUUAAGCCCUGUGUGAACAUUGUGUUGCACACUAUUUGGCACAAUUCAGUACUGGCGAAUUAACAGGAGCAAACUUGAGUAUUGUAAUCUAGUGUAUCUUAUUUUUUUAUAUAUAUUGGAGAGGGAGGUGGUCAGAUGCAUAUUAAACUGCAACAUGUAACUCAGUAAAAAUCUGCAAAUUGCGCUAUCAGUAGUCAUAAUAGUUUACUUUUAAUAGACGUUCUGUGCUAAUUUCCAUAAUGGAAUACUAAUAUGAACCUCCAAGUUUGUAUGUCAUAGGUGUUUCUUGUUUUUAAUGAAAGUUCUUACUUUUGAGACUCCAGGAGUUUUUUUUUAACUUGUACUUUCUGGCAAACCUUUGUUCAUGAGACUUCUGGUAAGCUCUACCAGAAGAGUCUGCAGACUGUAUGUUUUAGUCCCUUUUAGUUACUACAGCAACUGCACCAGUUUAAUCUAAGCACACUGGUAAAAUGUUGCUACAAAUGGCUGUGCAGACUUUUUUUAUAAUUUUUUUUUUUUUUUUUUUGUAUUUAAAUGUCAGAUGGAUUAUGAGAAACUCCUCAUACUGAAUGUUUUAAUAUCCCAAUGAUGCUAGUACUAAAAUCUGACCACAACUGACACAAUCAGGAAUGCAGUAUUGUGCUCUGCCACUUGAGGACAUCUCAAAGCCAAUUUGCAUUGGAUAUACAUAUAUAUGCAGUUCAAAUUGCAACUCAAUUGGAAAUUCCAUAAAGGCAUUCUGUGCUGCCUAAAUUUAAAAAUGAAUUCAUAUAAUUUGUUUCUCUUCCACAGUUUCGGAUAUAGAAACAGGUUACAAAAGCUGCAGAUCUCUUGUCUGCAACAUUUGAAAGCCCUUUACUUCUAACUUUGCCCAUUCUUCUAAUUGGACGUCCCAUUGCAGCUCAUGUCUUUGCAAAGCAAUGCCCUAGGCCUGCUUCUUGAGUUUAACUUCACUGAGCUAAACUACCAGCUAAAAUAUUUUAAGCCCCUCCACAAAUUCUUAAAACAUUUAAAGUGAUAUGCGCUAUGGAUUAAACUUUAACUGUUUCUAAGCACAAAAUACCAACAAUUCAACAAGUGUUGCGUAGCAUGGGUCUAUUGAAAGAUAUAGUGCCUCAUUGUUCAAAACUUACAGAUGGGUAUAAGUUUAUAUAGGAAGGAUGCAUCUAAUAGUACUAGCAGUUCCGUUUGGUAGAAAAGACACUACUAAAAUCUUCUGUCCUGUAGUCGAUAUUCAGCAGAUGCAACUGUAUCAAAGUAUCUUCAAAAGAUACUAACGGGCUGCAUAGUUGAACUUCUUCAAGGCACACUGUUAAAGUUACAUUUAACAGUUGUGAAUCCUAUUUAUGUAACUCUCCAAUUGAGCAUAUAAGAUCAAACUACCAGAACCUGUUAACGCUCCUCUGGGUAUCUGGAUGUUAACACGUCCAGCUGGAAUUUGAGUGUGGAAGGCAACCAGUUAUCUGCUGAAUAUCUAAUAAAGGACAUAAAAGAUUUUAGUACCGCGUCUUUUACCAAAGAGAACUGAAGGUACUAUUGCAUGCUCUGACUAUAUACUUAUUCCCUUCUGUAUGGUUUGAACACUGGGGAACGUCUUGUUUUGGCUCUGUGAAGGGGUACUUGUAGAACCAUGACAACGGUUUUAAGGGCUAAACGUCUUUUAAAUCUGCACUUUCAUAGAAUGAUCAAAAGCACACUCUUUACACAUAAAGCACUUCAGGAAAUGUAAGUGUUUUGUGGAUCUGAAGUGUCCAGUUGGCAACAUCAAUGUUUUGUGGAUUGAUUGUUCGGUCCUCACUGCAGAAAAUGUAUUGUCAAAAACCUCUGCUGAAAUGUUCCCACAAAAAGUCAGACCUCUUGCUCUUAUUGUUAAGCCUGUGCAUAUGCCAUAGAAAGCUCCUAAGUUUCUUGUGCCUUCAUGAAGGCACAGACUGGUGUAGUAUCUAAACUUUAGAGGAUGCUGUAUUGGGUUUUCAUUGAAAACUGGGCAUGAUGUGCUUUGAGACCUCCUCAGGUUGGAAUGUAGUUUAUUAGGUGUUUAAGUGGUCAGACAAGGGCUAGCUUGUUAAAUGUUAAAACAUUCCUCUUGAUGAAUUUGGUAGUAAUACUUCUGAUUUUGUGUCAUCGCACAUUAAAACAUGUUUAAAACAGGUACUUUGAAAUUUCAGGGUACUGCUGCAAGAAAUCGUGAACCUGUCUAAUGGAUAAUAGCUGGAACGCAAAACUGUAUUCUGACUGGCUGAAAGCACCAAGCACCCAACUAGUAUUUAAAUAGACUUUUUUAAGGGCCUAAAGUAGAAACUCCUUUUUGGAAAUCUGAAUUAAAGGACCACUAUAGUGCCCUGAGGGUGCCCCUACCCUCAGUAACUCUCUCCCGCUGGGCUCUAGGGGGUGGAAGGGGUUAAACUUCUUUCUCCAGCACCGGGUGGGGAGCUCCUCUUCGGCUGAAUGCGCAUGCGCGGCAGGAGCUGCGCGCGCAUUCAGUCAGUCCAUAGGAAAGCAUUGCUAAUGCUUUCCUAUGGACGCUGGCGUCUUUUCACUGUGAAAAUCAGUGAGAAGCGCCUUUAGUGGCUGUCAAUGAGAGCCACUAGAGACUGGAUUAACCCUAAUGUAUGUUUAUAGAAAAAAUGGGUUAAACCUAGCUGGACCAGGCACCCAUACCACCUCAUUAAGCUGAAGUGGUCUGUUUGCCUAUAGUGGUCCUUUAAGACUACAUGACUUAACAAUCAAUAGCUUCACUCUUCCAUUUCAGAAAAUAUGGCUACAUAAUUAAAGGAACACUUCAUCUUGCUAAAGUGUCUUGCCUGGAAUUUUUUUUGAUCAGCAUUUCUAAAAUGUUGAUUUCUCAGUAGAAAUCUGCACUUAUAAUUGAGCGUAGAAAUUCCACCCUGCAUGUCCCUCUGCCCGGAAGGAUGGAUUUCCUCCUUCUCAAGAGCUAAUGAAAGGGGCAAGCCUUUAGAGGCGCACAGCACCACCUGCCUUCCUUCCUCAGUGCAUUGAAAAGCCUCUGGUUAAUUCCCUGGCAAUUUGUCAGGGAAAGGGGGACAGCCUGUGAAGUCAACAACCUUUUGAAAAUGUGGAGGUUGUCUCCCCAUCCCUCCAUAUACUGGCCCAUAAAUGUGUGGAGGGUUUUUUUUUUUUUCUUCCAUUUUUUUCUUUUUUGCUAGAUCUACUAAAUAGUGAAUUUUAAUCAGAAGGCUCUCCAACAUACUUUUGCUAAUUCAGUUUCUUUAGUCUUGUAAAAUAUUAUUUUAUAGUCUGUCUAAUAGACUUUUUCCCAAAAAGUAAUUGCCACCCUCAACAUAUUUAGUUGAGCAAAUAGUGUCACCGCACCACAGUUUUAAAUGCUGCUGAUUGGGGUGAGUUUGAUGCCAAAAGUCAGCCAAAAUAUGGAGUUGCAAAAAUGUAGUAGUUUAGCCGCCACUGGGCAAGUAUGUUAAGAGCCAGUUCAUGUGCGGUUACAUUGUGAUGUCAUCUUGCCAGGAAAAAUGUAAUGUUUAAUUAUUUUUUCUCUCCUUCCCUCUGCAUCUUGGCAUUAUGACAAGAGCAGGAUUGGAGUCAAUAUGGUCUUUGCACACUUACUUGCUGUAUUGGGGGGGGGGGAGGGGGAGGACUUAGCAUGGCUUUCUUUUUUGUGAUGAAGGCUAUAACUGUACUGUUAUAUCUGAGUUUAGGGACAUGUCUCUUUCUAGAUUGGACACAAUAUGCAGGGCCAUGUUUAUGUAUAGAUCUUGUGCAUUGAUUAACUCACAGGGCCAUGAACACCCUAUUUAUCCAUCCUUGCUGGGUUUAGUGCUAUAAAGGCUUAAAUACGUUUAAGCAGAAAUGUAUCACUGAAUACUUUCUCGCUUUUGUAAGAUUUAAAGUAGUAAUUCCGGUUUAAUGUUUUUUUGUUUGUUUGUUUUUUUUUUUGAAACUAUCUCAAAUCUUGUAAAUCAUAUAUUUUUCUACCUGCACUUCUCUAAAACACAGCAGGAGGUCUGUUCAUGGCAAUAGACAUCCUUUAUUCAAGUGUGGGAUCAUAUCAAGUGGCUUGUGUGAUACUUAACUAAUUUGAAAAUUACCCUUUUUUCCUUUCUAUGUUCCUGGUACCUGUGGAUCGGCUCAUUGGUGAUUGUAUCGACGAACCAUGCUGCGGGACCCUUCUAAAAAAACACAAACAUACUAUACACACACGGACAUCCUCUUCUGUAAUGAACUGAAUUUGUGUUCCUAUAGCGCAAUGAGCGCUUUGUCCAGGGAAAUGCAGGGACACCUAAUACCCAAGCUUCCAGAGGGAUUGGAUCAGUGCCCGCUGCUGCUGCUGCAGUUGCUGCUGCAGCUGGAUAUGGGAGGGCUAGGGAGGACUAUGAAGGUCCAAACAAAAAGCCCAGAUUUUAGACUGAAAAUACCUUGAGUAUAAACUGCAAAUGUUCCCUUUAUGUAACUUUUUUACUUUAGUUUUAGUAGGUUUUUUUUUUUAAAUAUGGAUGCUCAGUUUUGUCUCUAAACUUGUCAAUCUGGUUAGUGUAGUAUUGCAGGUUUGUUAAUGUCUCAAACCUAAUAAAACCUGCUUCUUAUUUUAUGGCAGUGAAAGUUCAAACUUUUUUUUUUUUUUUUAUAUAUAUAUAUAUUUUGGGACUGGGAGGGGAAACUAGAUGCUGUAGUACAUUGCUAGUUACUGAAUAGUGUACUGGUAGGGGAUGACAACUUAAUCUGCAGAUAACUGUGGUUGCUAUUUGUUUGGCAAGAUCCCAUUAUGAUUUGCCUCACUGUACUGAUGUCAGUCGCAAGCUCUCAGUUGGGCAGCUACACCCAUAUAUAUUUAUAAACUUGUAUGUGCAGACAAAGUAAAGCGUUAGAUGUUUGCUGAUAUUGUGAAGAUGGUGGCCUAACAAAGUUUGUUUUACUCCAGUGUAAAAUUCCCGCAAAAUGUGGUUCUAAUUUUGGAACUAUUGACCUAGUACUGAGUUGUCAGGGGGAAGAUCCACGUUGAAAUACAUUGUGUGCAACCUGGCACUCAUUGAGCCUUUUUAAUUUUUUUUGUGCGUAGAAUGGAAGCUCCAUGAACUGUCUCUGUAAUGGGUUGUAUUGCUUAUCUUAUAAAUAAAAUAACAAAACUUAAUGUGAAUUUAUUUUUGUUGGGAUGGGUGUUUAGUUGUGUAUGAAACUACUUGGCUGUUACAAUUAUGGAAGAGGUAAAUGAUUGCAUAGGGGAUUAUUGCAUAAACAAAGUGUUCUACUCCAUUUGCUGCUAGCCAAAGGGGACCAUUUAAAAUGUAUUACAAAAUUACACCUGUUCUGCUGUCUACAGAUUAUGCUUAAUUUCUUUAAAACCUAAAAUCUUACUUGCUCAAUUUGAAGUCAGUUUUGUCAGAACACUAUUUUAAAGAUUUAAAAAUUGUCAUGCUGUUUCACUGAAGUCUGACAGUCGUGUUAACACUUCCUGGUUUUGUGUGGUGGUUCCCUCUUUCCUGCUUAUGAUUGCAUGUUGGUUAUAUCAAUGACAAAUUAUGACCUUUCAAUGCUUUCAAUAACCAUUUCUAUACUACACAAAUUAUCUAGUACUCAUUGUAAAGGAUUCUUUCGAAUGCAAAACUCUUUUAGUAUCUCUUGUGCCUGUAUCAUCUCUGUAAAGAUGUUGAUCUUGCCGAUGCCAAAUAAUGGAUAGCUGUAGCUAGGGCAAAAGGUGUGCAGUGUUUAAUUUUUUUUAUUUUUUUUUUAAAUUUGACAAUUGCACCAAUUUUUGUAUAUUGCUGCAUAGAGAUGCAUUUCUAGUGGAUUUUUAAAAUUGCUAAAGUUCAGGCAAUAAGUGUUUCCAAUUAUUAAAAUUUAAAUGUUUUAAUUUUAAAUAGGUUUCACUAACCUACUAUAACUGCUCUACAAAACAAUUAUGGUUAUUGGAGAAAAAUUUUUUAGCACAAGUAGUGGGUGUUUCUUUGUGUGCCCCUUUGGAUUUAAUUUCUAACAAGGUGUAAUGUUGGAAGAACACUUGAUUUAUGCAAUACCACUGGAAAUAACUGAAAUUCUAUACGUGACUUUUUUAUGCUAAGUUUUGUAACCUUGCUACAAUAGUCUCAGGCUUCUCCUCCUGCUAGCACUAUUUAAGUGUUUAAUUCCUCUACUAUGUAUCUUGAUGGCUGAGUUCAGCUAAAUCAAGCUGCAUAUAGGGAAGCUGAAAGGGGGUCUUGAAUACUGUAAAGUUAACAUUUUUCUUAUAAAGGCUGUAUUUAAAAAAACAAAAAACCCGAAGGCCAAUGUAAAGCUGGCAGUACAUUUUAUUCCGUAAGUUAAUGCAUAGCUUUUAAGCUGCCUGAAUUUCUUAUGUUGCUAAGACAAACUGGUGUUAAAUUGGGUAUGUGCAACAAAAUAUAAAGGCUUUUAUUAUUUUUGCUAGUCCUUCAGUGCUGUGCAGAUAGCUGAAGAUACAUUGUGGUAUGUUGCAGAGUUGUUAUAACUAAUGAUGGCAAAGUGCAAAGGAUUUUGAAUUUUUUAUUUUUUUAUUUUUUUUAACCACAAUCUAUGUAGCCUCUGUAAUAAUAUAGGCUAAUGCUGCAUUACUACAAACAGGUUAAACUCUGAACUAAAAGUAGAUUUGGGGUUAACAACUCUGUAUAGUGAAUUAUCCUUUUCAACCGUUAUUUUGUACAUGGGACAUUAAGUGUGCUUACUAAAGUCCCAAUUCUCCAUUUUCUUCAGUGCAGUACCUUUUUCAAUGUGGCUGCUAUGCAAAUUUUCUUGGCAAUUCUGUUAAUGCACAUGAGCUGUUUACUGAACUGUAUUUUGGCUAACUAAAAGUAGAAUUAAAGAAUACAGGUUAAAAUGGCAAAGUACUGAUUGAGAGACCCCAAAAUGUUUGUCUUGCUGAAUGUCACCUGCAAUUAACUUGGUGCCUUUAAUUCCUUUCAAAGGAAAUCUAUAAUGUAAACUGACAAGAAGUUGUAGACUUCAAGACAACAUAGCUGUAUUGGAGAAAAUGGCUGACUUAAUUUUGCAGUUGACUUGGCUUACCAAUGUUCUCUGCUCUAUAGUGGAGUCUGUGUGGUUUUAAAACUCACCAGCAUGCAUGAUGUGACUUGCAAAACCUAAAACUAUGCAGUCCAGUGUGCACACAAAGGGUCGUUGAUGGGUGCCCUCAUUGGUUUCUUUUUUUAUAUAUAUAUUUUUUUCUGCCUUAAUGUGUUGUCUAAAAGGCUGACUCGAAUAUCAAUCCCUGCCAACACAUCUUAUACACCCUACAUUAGCUUUUCUUGGGGGUUCUGUGUAAAGUUGCAUCACCAGCCAUUUUAUAAACUGCUCUUAAGCCAUCCAUAGUUUCAUAUAUAAUUUUUUUUUUUUUUUGUUCUGCCCUUCGGGUUUGAACCUGUAUCUGCAUAUUUAAAGUUCAUUCAUUUGUAUGCAGUUUUAAAUAAGUUAACACAUUACUAAAAACUUGCCAGAUGGCAUCUUAAACAUUGUAUAAUGACUAAAUAGGAAAAUUAUUAAAAUCCUGCAUGUGAGUGCCCAAAUUAUGAAAAAGUUUGUUCUGAGCUAGUUACAUUAAAAAAAGCCUUGUAACAUGAAGUUGUUUCCUGAAGCAAUGUAGUAUGGCGUUAUAAUACAUUCUGGUGCCUUUUGGCUACACAAACAUUGGCACUGCCUGUAGUUUGCUGUAUUACAUUUUGACUGCUAUACAGUUGCUUUGUUCCUGCAUAUAUGAGCAGGUUCUGCAAUUUAGGCUACAUUUAAGACUAAUUUUACUUAUAUUUUUUUUACAAAUACGUAGCAUUCAUUGUUGCAGGCUAUUAAUGUAAAUCCAGAUGGAGGUGUGUAAUUAUUGGAAGUCUGUCUACAUUGGCAGCAAGAGACCUGGGAAGCAUUAUAUUGUAUUUCUUAAUGAAGCUUUAGCCACUUCAAGUGCACUUUAACAAUCUUAGUGGCCGUCUGUAGCAAGUAUUUUCUGCAGUGCAUAACUUUGAGGAACAUAGUGCUACUGGACUGUAGGAUCCCGGAUGUAGUAAUCCCCGCUUGCUUGAAGAUGCUCAUUGCUGACUGCGUUCAGGUAGGUACCAAAAUACUCUACAUUAACAUAAUAUGAAAUGCUAUUCUGACAUGACCUUUCUGUUGAGUAGAAUACAAUGCAGCACUUAAUAAAUGUUUGUAUUUUCUUUCAUGUAAAACUAUUUUAGAAGCGACGACCACUUACACAGCAGGCUGUUGACUGCUGUGUAACUUUGUACCGUAGUGCCUUUGCAAUUUUUUUUUUAUUUUUUUUUAUCCUUGUUACUAUUUGCUUUAAUGGGUUAUAGACUAGUGUAUUGCACUGUACCUCAAAUUGGACCCGUUCAAAUAUUACCUAUAACAUAAGGCAGGUGUGUGACUUUCAAAAAUAGAUUAGGUCACAUCAUGUCAGUGGUGUGCAAGGAUUAUUAGAAUGUACUAUGUAGUGCUGCAUUCUGUGUUCACUUGCGUCUUCCGGAAGGAAAACUGUCUUGCCUUUCAAGUUAUUUUAUUAGGUCUAUACAAUUUAAUUAGCAGCAUGUUGAUUGUAGUCUCCUGCAGUUGACAAUUUUGCCUCUGACAUCCUUGUUUUCAACAGCAGCUGGAAAGGCACUUGGUGAUCUCCUGUCUACGUGUGUGUGGGGGAGGGGGGAGGGAAUGGCGGCUUACAGCCUGCCUGUAUGAAUCAAAGAAUUGUGGGAUAUACAUUUGUAUUUACGUACAGUCAAUAGUAACUUCAGUUUGUUAAAUGCAAGUUACAUUGUCAAAUGGUACAGCCAGCUACCUUGAAUGCUCACCUCAGUCCUGGGUGUUGGGUAAGCAUGCCAUUAUAUAUAUAUAUAUUUUGCAUGCUGUGUGUGUAUAUAGUCUGCUAAAAGUGAAAGCCGACUUAACCGCAAUACUGUAAACUUCUGACCAUUCAAGUUGUUUGUCACUCAGUCUAUUUUCAUAGAUAAAUGAGUAAUUUUCACUUGGUACCAAACUCACUUCUGACUCUGUGCUGCACUAUUUUUCCUUGACCUGUAAUGCAGAAGAACUUUCAAGCACAGAUAAUACAACAUGCCUCUAGCUUAUCUUGGACAAAAUCUUUGUAUUUAUUAACUUAAAUACGUCUUAGAAAUGGCAAUUUUUAGUAAAUACUAGCUUGAAAAGAUCUUAAACUUCAAGGAGAUAGGUUUAUAUUUGAAAUUCUGCCUCUUUCAAUUUUCUGCUUUUUGUUAUAAUUGUACAAAGUUACAUUCUAAUUGUACCUUGGCAGUAAUGUUCCUUAGGGAAACUUCGAAUGCUGCUUGGCCUUUGCUUACAACAAACACCAAUGCUUGCCUUGGUCAUAUCAGAAAAUUGAGCUUAUAUUGCUUGAUUUUCUUCUAGAACAGUGGAUUUUUUUUUAUUUUAAUUUUUUUUUUAUUAUAAAUCCUCCUGACCAAUCUGUUUAGCGAAUAUUUAUUUUGAAUGCAGUUUUUUGGUUUGCCAAACUGGAAUGCUUUUUGUUUUUUAGGUUGUGCUGAAGAUGUUAUGAGCCACACUGAUGGCUGUACCAGGGGUUGGGUUGCAGUCUUUAACUAGUUGAUAUUUUGUAACUAAACUGGUAUUUCCCAACUCAUUAGUUUGGGAAUACCUAUCUAUAUGAUGGUCUCAGUACAUCUGCAUAGGAAUAAAGUUCAGGUACCCAAUUGUUGGAUGCCUUGCCGACUUGAAGAAAAUCUCUUUCAAUAUUGUUGCUCAAAUGUGAGUUUUAAUGCUAUUGCCAAAAAUACUCUAGUUAUUGAACAUGUAAAGUAGUUGAUUGCUUUAACCUGGAAACUGUCUCUAAAGUUGGUAGAGCUACCAUAGUAGCUUGCCAUUUUAGUUGUGAUUAAAAUAGAAAUUGCAAAUACGUUUGCACCAAUUUCUUGAUCUGUGAGAACUCGCAUCCAUGGUAAUGCCUCAUGACUUAAAUUGAUUGCCAUGUGAAAUACUUUGUAUUAUACUUGGCACACUGUAGCGUUUCACAUGUUUCAUGGUAACCUAUAUUAAGUUACGGUAAAGUGCUGCAUUGUAUUCUCUUUGGACUAAUCUUGAUUGUCAAUUUAAAACUACAGAAGUGCUGUCAGAAUAUAUUAAUCUGCAUUAACGUUUCAGUCCUUUAAUAAAAAAAACUAAUUUAUGCACAUUCCAAUUUUAUGGGUGUAGACUUAUAGCAUUUAAUUUAAAAAAAAAUAAUUUUACAUUACAGUGGCUGUAUUUGCUGGUGUUUAAGACAUCCACUAUUUGGACUGUAGCUUUAAGCAGAUUUGUGGGGGGAGUGUAAUGGAAAGUUCUCUACUUCUGGGAUUUCAUAACAGGAUGUGUAACAUGUGGAGCAGUAGUUUUAGUAAACGGUUUCCAUCCUUAGUAUGCUCUCCCGUUUGACCAUAUGGGAGUCAUGGCAGCUGUACUCCUUGAAUUGUUACUUGUAACCUAAAGCUAGUUAAGAUGUUUCCAGUUUAUUUUUUAUUUUUUUUAGUCCUACUUUUUAAUAGAGCUGGAUACAACAACUAAAUGCCCUUUAAAGCAGUCUGUCUGCUGGGGUUGCAGUACUUACGGACUGUGAGACUACAUUAAACCUAAUGAUCCUCAAACGUUAAUAUUUGACUAUUUAUUUCAAGGCUGGGCCUAAAGAGCUGCCACUUCUGACUUUGUUAUAAACAUGCUAAAUGGCAUUGAUAUGUAGUCACGGAUCAAUCCUGAUGUAAUGCAUUAUAGCAAUAGUCCCAUGGAUGGGCUUUGACUUUCAUUAGAGACUGUAGAAAUCUCUUUAAUAUUGGGUCAGUAUUUGUAAUAAAGGAAUUUGAGCUUUCUAUACUUUAAUGCUGAAAGGCUGAUAUUUUCUUAUCUAGUGAUUUUUGCAAUGCUUCCGUUUUGACAAGUUACCUAUCUUUUUUUUUGUUUUUUUUGUUCCAGCAGAUUCCUUUUAUUUUUGUGGAUAAUAACUUUCUCUUGUCAUUCUUUAGGUAAGAAAGACAGGUAUUGGUUGACAUCUGCUUGACAAGUUUUGCAUUAAGGUAAGUUCACCUGAAAGGUGCUCAAAAUGAAAGUUCCUCAAGUGCCAUCACUGGUUGCAUGGUAUUCAAGUACUGACAUUUAGUACUUCAGGUUUUAUGGAUCAGAGUGCUGUUUAAAACUGAGCUUUUUAGUGUGUGUGUUCUGAACUACAAAUAUCCAUUCUGUGUAUAUUUUGUUUGCACACACUAGCAACAUGUGACGAGAGCAAUCUCGCCACAUUGCAUUGGAGAAGCCUGGUUGCUCGCCUGUUGCCUUUGGAUUAUGGCCCCAUGUUAAAAGGCUUGAUUUUCCCCUGCAAAGGCAAAGCCGGGUCAUUUGGUGCUUGCCCUGUUUGAGCAGUGAUACCCCAGAUAGCUAUGCCAUGGAGCCCAUUCGUAUAAUGAAAGACUUUGGCUCCAUGGCAAUUGAACUGUAUGUGUGUGCUCUGAGCGCCAUUCAGUAGUAAUGUGCGCUCAGACCUAAGCUAUCUGGGCAUAUGUUGCAUGUCUGUAUUUUAUGUCAUAAAUGUAACUUUGUGUAUUUUAUUGUAUUUUAUGGUCUUUUUGCUGCCAUGUGUUCAAUGGAGUUUUGCCUCUGUCUUUGGAGAUAAUUGGAUUACCUAUAAUUAUCUCCAGGAUAGAAGACUCUGUGGAACUGGUUUUGGGCAGAAAAGCCAUGCUUUCUGUGGUCACAAAGGACUACGAUCUAUCUUUUGAACCACUGGACCAAUUUGUAUGAUUUUGACGUAUGUUUGUAUUUGGAGUAUGCUGAUUCUGAAAAUGUAAUUAUGUGAAUGUGAUGCAUACUUUUCAAGUUAUGAAUAAUGUGGAAAAAUAGUAUUUUUCUGCUUGUGCUAAAUUACAUUACCCAUUGUGUAAGGUAACUGAAUCACAUGCAGAGGGGAGGAAUUUGUGUGGGAGUGUCUGAGAGUAUUGUAUGUGUUUAUUGGUUGUGUUCCAAAACCCUGUGGGUGGUACUAAUAUGUAAGAAUGUGUACAUAAGCACAAUAAACCCACAGCUCUGUCUGUUCACUGCUUGACCCUCAACACGGAGCUUUGUCUCGUUCUUGGGGGGAUUUACUGUAUGCUGUUCCAGCUCGACUGCUAGAGUAAACCUAUUCGUAUGGGUUUUUCCUAUUCGGCUGUUUACAGCAUUCAUAUGGUUUCCUGUUCGGCAUCUCUGGAAAGGGGGACGAUCGCCUAAACAGUUUUUACCCCUUGUGUGCAAAACGGUCCAUUACACAACAUACUUAAUACUCUUCCCCUUUGCAGGCAGAGCACCUGCAAAGAAAGAUGGCUUCCCUGUCCCACCCUAUGGGCACUUUCCUUUACAGGCAUACACUUUUUUUUUUUUUAAACUCCUGCUUCCUCUCUCACCCACAUAUUCUGUGCUGACCAUUGGUUGAGUCACAUGCAUCUCCCUGAAAGUCCUGUUAGUGGACUGUACAUGGCCCUAUAACAUUGGAGUGGCGAUGAUCAGCGCCAGGAGCUUUGCUUGGCACUGGUUUUCAGGUGGGCAAGUAGGAUGCCACUCUAUACCAGACUUUUGAUAUAUUUUUCUGCUGCUAUAUUCCUCAUCGGACAGAUUAAUUUCAAAAUUAAUUCACGGCAUAGUUGACUUUUUGUGUCAAGUCUCAUUUUUUUCGACUAUUGUACGUUGUGGUCAGGCAUUUUUGUUUCUGUCCUUAAUACUGUUGGCAUUACCAAUUUAUUCACUACUCUUUAUUGUAAUCUAUUUUUUUUUUUUUUUUCUUAUACUUACCUAUCAUAUCUAUUUUAUAGCUGCCCUUUUCUAUAGUUACUUCUGUGGUGUUACAUCUAUUUUGAGCAGUUUUCUGUUCAUAUUCUUGUAAUUCCCCUGUUUCUGUUUCUAUCACCUAUAUUCACACCACCAUUUUUCAUAGUCUCUUAUACAUUCCUUCUGAUUUCUCUCUUGGUCUAUACUUUUAUCCUUACUGCUGCCUUAUCUAUAUUUCUAUAUAGAUCUAUGUUUUUUCCAUAUUCAUAUAUUUUUAUCUAUUAAUUAGUUUUUAUUCUGUAUCCUUUAUUCUUAUUAGAUCUCCUGGUACGUGUAGGGCUUACCACCUACAGUUUUUUGGUAUUUUCGUUUAUGCCUUUAUGUGGGGCUAUUUAUACUAGUUGAGAUCUUUUUCUUCAUCCUCAAUCCUUACCAUUUUCUCCAUUUAUUAGGGCUAGUUCUCCCUACCCAAGCCUAGCAAGAUGCCACUCUGUUUCCUUAAUGUGUAACUGAGAUUUUCCUUAAGAAAAUUGGGUUUGCUAUUUUGCCCAACGCUUUUCAUCUGAAACUUUACUGCUGUACGCUAAAGGCAGAAAGUGAGUUGGUAAACAUUUUUUCACUUUACAAAGCAGCCACUAUAUAGGGUCUUAUUAAUCUCUAAGCAAAGGUUAAAACUGCUGUAAAUUAACUGAAUAUUAAUGGUGCACAAUUGUGUAGAACCUGCAAGCUUUUAUUUGUGUAUAGAUAAAAAAAAAAAAAAUGGACUAACAUUUUUUUUGUUGUUGUUGCAGGCUUAAAUUGAAAUGUCAUCCAGCCUAAGCUCUUGGAAUAGUCAUCUGUGGAAAGAAUACUUAAAGGUGUGUUGUUGGAAAGCUGAACAGUAACGGAAUAUAUUUCAGAAUUUGAAUUAUUGGUUUCUAAAAGUGUGAGCUUGUUCUAAUUCUUCAGAAUUAAAGUGACCUCAAACCGUUGCAUUUUAACCUAGUCUAAAAAAAGUCUAGCACAAUAUUUGGUCUAAAAUUCUUCGUGUAGAAGGAUGAAAAAUGCAGAAAACAAAUAUUGUGCAUUACACACUCAACUGCAUAACACUGUACUCAAGUAAUUCUGGCAAAGAAAUUAGUACUUGAGAUCUAUCUUUGUACAACAAUAAACUUAGGCUAAAGCAGGUAUUUAGAUGCUAUAUCUAGAUUGCUAUAUAGAAUAACUAAGUUGAUCAGUCACAACAGCUGUGGCCAAAAUGUACUUCCACUGCAUCUGGAGAUGUACCUUUUGACCAUGUUUAAUCCAAUUGUAUUCAGUGUAAUGACCGCUGUGUUUAGGCCUAAAACUGCCCAGGAGUGAACAAAUACUUGUCUGUCAAGUCACAUAAAAAUGUGCCUCCCUCUUCUCCUUUGACCCUGAACAUUAUUUGCUUUCCUCUAUUUUAGACUGGUGCCUUUACUUUAGUCAGAAGUGGUAAAUGGCAGUAUUGUUUGCAUUCUGUAGAACUCCGUGGUAACUUUUAUUUUUCCUUUUGCAGGAGAAUGAACAUCCAGUACUUUAUUUUUAAUAAAUUAUUAAAAAAAAAAAAAGAA